AUGUCGGGGCUCAGCCACCCAGAGAUGGACGGCUGUCGUAAUCUGCUCGGUCUGUUGGAAAACGACGACAUCAUGGCCCUAUGCGACACCGUCACCAACCGCCUGGUGCAGCCUCAGGACCGCCAAGAUGCCAUUCGUGCAAUAUUAGUAUACAGUCAAAGUGUAGAAGAACUUCUGAAACGUAAAAAAGUCCAUCGAGAAAUAAUAUUUAAGUACUUGGCAACACAGGGGGUGAUAAUACCUCCCACUACCGAAAAACAUAAUCUUAUUCAGCAUGCAAAAGAUUACUGGAAAAGCAAAUCACAACGGAAAUUGCAGGAAACACCAAAACCAGUUACAAAGAGAGAAGACAUCCACCUCUUUCAAAAACAGGAGAAAGAAGAUAAAAAAGCUGAAAAGGUUGAUUUCCGUCGAUUAGGAGAAGAAUUCUGUCAUUGGUUCUUUGAGCUUCUUAAUUCUCAGAAUCCUUUUCUGAGACCACCCCAAGCUGAAUGGGGCCCACAGCACUUUUGGCACGAUGUCAAGCUUAGGUUUUAUUAUAACACUUCAGAACAAAAUGUGAUAGACUACCAUGGAGCAGAAAUUGUGAGUCUUCGUUUGCUGUCACUGGUGAAAGAAGAAUUUCUUUUUUUCAGCCCCAACCUAGAUUCUCGUGGACUGAAGUGUGUGUCUUCUCCCCAUGGGCUAGUUAUGGUUGGAGUCGCCGGUACUGUUCACCGAGGGAACACUUGUUUGGGUAUUUUUGAACAAAUUUUUGGACUCAUCCGCUGCCCUUUUGUGGAAAAUACUUGGAAAAUCAAAUUUAUCAAUCUGAGAAUUGUUGGAGAGCAUUCCCUUGCUCCUGGAGCAUUACAUACACCAACUGUUACCUUUGAGCCACGUGAUCUAGAGGCCUUUUAUAAUGUAAUCACUUCACGUGAUACCAAUGAAGUAUGACUUAAUGGAAAGCAGGCAAAGAAUACUGGAACUGGAGACCAAUCUUUAUACCCUGGAAAUGAAGCAGUGUUGAACAAAAGAGAACUGAAUUUACCUCUAAAGCACUGA